GCCAGGAAAAGCAGCUUAUCCGUGGUCCUUACUAGCAUCUCAAAGAAGGGCUGGGCACACAUGCCCCAGGAGGUUGCAGGGAGGGGGCAGAGAAAGGAACCCCGUCUUCAUGCUUGCAGAAAUGGGGUGAUGGUUGCAGCUGAUCUUCAGUGCCAGGUUGGGGGCUCUGAAUUGGCAAUCCAGCCACUUAGCUGUGUUGUGUUGCCAUCUAGGGAUGAGAGGGAAACGAAAGGCCCCUGGAGCCCAGCCCACCGGAGAGCCCAGCAAUGCGGGGGCCCAGCCUGAGCUGCGCUGGGAGCGCGAGAUCAGUGACGGCAAAUGGCAGGUGUUCCCACCUGAACAUGGCGAGGCCCUGUGCCAAGCAACUCGGGCACGGAAGCGCUUGGAAGAUUUAGGGGAGGACUGCGUGGACCUGUGCAGGAUGGUGCAAUGGAAUAAGCAGACAGGUCAGGAGAGCUGUGUCCGUGCAGCUGUCUGGGAUCAGGAAUCAUAUUUUGUCUGGCAAUGGGAAGGAGACCAAGAAGGCGCCUGGGUUCCAUACCCUGCUGCCAUCUGCUUGGAUCUACAGGCAGCCAAGAACGGCCACCGGGAGCCCACAGUGGACUUUACAGUCGGCCGGACACGCUACAAGCUGGACACGGCUCGCAUGAUGCAGAUAAACCAGCGGACUAACUUUGAACGUCAGAUGGAAUGCAGGGAGUUGGAUGCAACAGAGGCUGAGGGAGGAUCCCAGCUGAACAGCAGUGAGUUGGAUGCCAGAACUGCUGUUCCUGCUAAGAAGUCCCAGAAUGAAUUCGAUGCCCCGGCAUCUCAGAGGGAGGGAGAUGGUGUGGAGGCGGUGAAGACAUUGACAGUGAAGGGAAAAGCUCCUGUGGACCCAGAGUGCACAGCCAAACUGGGAAAAGCUCAUGUUUACUGUGAAGGAGAUGACAUUUACAAUGUGAUGUUGAACCAGACAAACCUUCAAUUCAACAACAACAAAUACUAUCUCAUACAGCUGUUGGAGGAGGAUAAUGCACGGAACUACAGCGUCUGGAUGCGCUGGGGGCGUGUGGGUAAGCCUGGUCAGCACUCCCUCGUGCAUUGUGCUGGAGAUUUAGCAAAAGCCCAAGAUGUCUUCACCAAAAAGUUCCUGGACAAAACCAAAAAUGAAUGGGCCAAGCGGGCUAGCUUCCAGAAGGUUGCAGGCAAAUAUGAUCUUCUUCAUCUGGACUAUGAAGUCAGAGAUACUAACAAUUCAGAAGCCGUCCCUGAGAAGACAGUCUCCAGUCCCAAGCCAGUUUCCCGGCUGGACCCACGGAUGCAGGCUUUGGUAGAGCUGAUAUGUAACAUUCGCACUAUGGAGGAGAUGGUGAUAGAGAUGAAGUAUGACACCAGAAAAGCUCCACUAGGAAAGCUGACAGCUGAACAAAUCCAGGCAGGGUACCGGUCAUUACAGAAGGUGGAAGCAUGUCUGAAGCAAAGUCAGACUGGCCCUGCCCUGCUGUUAGCUUGCAAUGAAUUCUACACACGGAUCCCCCAUGAUUUUGGGCUGAAAACACCACCACUAAUAAAGACGUUAAAAGAACUGCAAGAAAAGGCACAGCUACUGGAGGCUCUCAGCGAGAUCCGUAUUGGCAUCAAACAUGUGCAAUCAGAACAACUGGAUCUGGAGCACCCUCUGGACCGGAGCUACCAGAGUCUCGGCUGUGAGCUUCAGCCCUUGGAGAAGGACAGCCACGUUUUCCAGGUGCUGGAGCGCUACUUGCUCUCCACCCAUGCUCCCACCCACAAGGAUUACACGAUGACCCUGCUCGAGGCCUUUGAACUGAACAAGGAAAGCUCAGAAGCCACCUUCCGCUUUGACCUGCCCAACAGGAUGCUGCUCUGGCAUGGAUCUCGCCUGGGUAACUGGGCAGGGAUUCUGAGCCAGGGUUUGCGUGUGGCACCGCCGGAGGCGCCCAUCACAGGCUAUAUGUUUGGGAAAGGCAUUUACUUUGCGGACAUGUCCUCCAAGAGCGCCAAUUACUGUUUUGCCACUCGCAAGAAAGACGUCGGCCUGCUCCUGCUGUCAGAGGUGGCUCUGGGGGAGUGCAAUGAACUGCUGGAGGCCAAUCCAGAAGCAGAAAAACUGCUAGUCAGCAAACACAGCACCAAAGGCCUUGGCAAACUUGCUCCGUCUCUGGCCAGUUGUGUCUCUCUGCACGGCGCAAUUGUUCCCCUGGGCCCAGCUGUAGAAACUGGGAUAGCAAAGUCUCCUGGAUAUACUCUGAAUUACAACGAAUUCAUUGUCUAUGAUCCCUGCCAGGUGCGUAUGAAGUACCUCCUGAAGGUGCGCUUCAAUUUCACACAGCUUUGGUGAACAGGGGAAAAAAUGGGGGGGGAAAACUUGCACAAGAAUGACAACUUGAACAACGUCGUUUUUUGAUGGGACACGUCAAGUGCCUUCAAGCCAAGAAGUUGAAGAGCUCGACUCCUGAAACUGACUGUUGUGCAGUUAGAAAACUUUUGUAGUAUUCGAAUUUACAUUUCUGCUGCUAAGUUGGGUUUCGAAGGACAAAAACAAUGCCAGCAAGGAACGCUAAUCCUCAGGGUUUCCAGUUUCUCAUUAUUUUUUCUUCAACUGCAUGCAAAUUGUUCCAAAAGAAACACACAAAUUGCUUGAAAUCU